UCUAACCCCCUCCCAAAAAAAACAACAAAAUGACCAUAAUACCCCUCAACUUCAUCUUCCUCCCUCGACAUGUCACUACUGCCUCCAACCCCACCGAGAACGCCAGCUCCGUCAAAUAUUUUACCAAACUCUCUCUCUCUCUCUCUCUCUCUCUCCUCAAAAACCCAUUAACCAUUACUCAUAACCCAACGAGAUUACCUGUGAAAGUCUUCAUCUUUAUCACCAUGGCUUAAAACAACUCCGAGAAGAAGAAGAAGAAGAAGAAGAAGAAGAAGAAGAAAAGGAGAAGACUUUAUCAACCAAAAUGGGAGAAGAAACAAGUGAAGAAUCAAAAGCAAGCAUAGAGAAAGCAAUCGAAGCAAUCUCUUCAUUAAUUUCACUCUCUCACUCAAUCAAAUCUUUCAACAUCAAAUGGCAACUCAUAAGAACAAAGCUCGAAGAGCUUUACUCUGGUCUCGCUGCUUUAUCAAAUCUCAAUUCCGGAUUCGACCCAUCUCUCUCUAUCUUAAUCUCAGCUAUUCUAAUCUCUCUCAAAGACACUUACGAUCUCGCUACUCGUUGCGUCAACGUUUCCUACAGUGGUAAGCUUCUGAUGCAGAGUGAUUUAGAUGUCAUGGCUGGUAAGUUCGAUCGACACACGAGGAACCUUUCUCGGAUUUACUCAGCUGGGAUUCUAAGUCAUGGCUUCGCGAUCGUUGUGUCUAAGCCUAAUGGUGGUAACGCUUGUAAAGAUGAUAUGAGGUUUUACAUUAGGGAUUUGUUGACGAGGAUGAAGAUUGGGGAUCUGGAGAUGAAGAAACAAGCUUUGGUUAAGCUUAAUGAAGCUAUGGAAGAAGAUGAUAGAUAUGUUAAGAUUGUGAUUGAGAUUAGUGAUAUGGUUAUUACCCUUGUUGGGUUUCUUGAUUCUGAGUUUGGGGUUCAAGAAGAGUCUGCUAAAGCUGUGUUUUUUAUUUCUGGGUUUGGUUCUUAUAGGGAUGUUUUGAUUAGAUCGGGUGUGAUUGGUCCUUUGGUUAGGGUUCUUGAGAAUGGGAAUGGUGUUGCUAAAGAAGCGUCUGCAAGGUGUUUGAUGAGAUUAACGGAGAAUUCUGAGAAUGCUUGGUCUGUCUCUGCUCAUGGAGGUGUUUCAGCGUUGUUAAAGAUAUGUUCUUGCAGUGAGUUUGGUGGUGAAUUGAUUGGUGCUUCGUGUGGUGUGUUGAGGAAUCUCGUUGGUGUUGAAGAGAUCAAGAGGUAUAUGACUGAAGAAGAUGAUACUGUUGCCACUUUCAUCAAGCUUAUUGGAUCUAAGGAAGAAAUCGUUCAGGUAAAUUCUAUUGAUCUUUUGUUAAGUAUGUGUUGUAAAGACGAACAAACUAGAGAGAUCUUGGUUAGAGAAGGAGGAAUUCAGGAGCUAGUGAGUGUGUUGUCAGAUCCAAAUUCGUCGUCUUCUUCGAAAUCUAAGGAGGUGGCAUUAAGGGCAAUUGAUAACUUAUGUUUUGGAUCUGUUGGUUGUUUGAAUGCAUUGAUGAGUUGCAAAUUCUUGGAUCAUUUGCUGAAUCUGUUACGAAAUGGGGAGAUCUCUGUUCAAGAAUCAGCAUUGAAGGUCACAUCUAGGCUAUGUAGUUUGCAAGAAGAGGUUAAGAGAAUAAUGGGAGACGCUGGUUUCAUGCCCGAGCUAGUUAAGUUUCUUGACGCCAAAUCUUUAGAUGUAAGAGAAAUGGCGAGUGUUGCGCUCUAUUGUUUGAUCUCGGUUCCAAGGAACAGGAAGAAGUUUGCACAAGAUGACUUUAACAUUAGCCACAUUUUACAGUUACUAGACCAUGAAGAUGGGAGCAAUGUGAGCAGUGAUUCAGGUAACACGAAGUUUUUGAUAUCGAUAUUGAUGUCUUUAACGAGCUGUAAUAGCGCGAGAAGAAAGAUUGCGACUUCAGGGUAUUUGAAAAGCAUUGAGAAGUUAGCAGAAACUGAAGGUUCAGAUGCUAAGAAACUUGUGAAGAAGCUAUCUAUGAACAGAUUCCGCAGCAUACUCAGUGGUAUUUGGCAUACCUAAUCUUUUUUUUCUUCUUUAUAGUUUUUGUGAAUUUUUCUUGAGUGUAUAUGUUUUACAAAGUGUUUUUGUUAGUUUUCUUUCCACUAAUCACAACUCCAAUCCCAUGUGACCCCCCAAAUUCGACUACACGAAUAUUAAUAUAGCUUUAGAACCUUUCUUUUUCUUGGUUCUUUUCUUUA